AUGGCAUGUACACAAUCCCUUAUGAGUACACUUCAAAAUGAGUUUGCUCUCAAGGAUCUUGGCUCUCUUUCGUAUUUUCUUGGCAUAGAGGUCACACAAACUUCUGGUGGUUUGUUUCUCUCACAACGUUGUUAUAUUGAAGACCUUCUUAUUUGUGCUCACAUGCAAGGAGCGAAACCAGUCACCACUCCUUUUAGUACCUCCACUGAUAUCCACCCGGUUGAUAGUCCUUUACUUUCGGAUGUCACUUUGUACAUGAGUUUAGUUGGUGGUCUUCACUAUCUCUCUAUGACAAGACCGGACAUUUCCUUUGCUGUUAAUAAGGUAUGCCAAUUUAUGCAUAAACCUACAGAAGCUCAUUUGGUUCCUGUUAAGCGUAUACUUCGUUAUUUGCACCAUACUUCUACCUUUGGCAUUUUUCUUCAUCCAGAACACAAUUUGCAGCUUAAUUUUUCGGGUUAUACUGAUACUGAUUGGGUGGGUGACCAUCUUGAUCGUCGUUCUACGAGUGGAUAUUGUGUUUAUCUUGGUUCUAAUCUUAUUUCUUGGAGUUCUCGUAAGCAACGUACAAUCUCUAGGUCAAGUACUGAAUCCGAGUAUCGUGGUUUGGCUAUUGCGACUGCUGAAUUAAUGUGGAUCGAAUCUCUUCUUCGGGAACGUAAGGAUUCUAUUCGAUUUCCUCCCACUCUUUGGUGA